AGGGCGGCAGCCGCGGAGCGGGGCGCAUGCACGGGCAGCUUGCUCUCGUGAAGCGUUGAGAGCCGGACCGGGGCUGCCAGCUGGGCUCGGAGUGGCGCGGGGUCAGGAUGGAGGAGGACGUGCUGACCACCCUGAAGAUCCUCAUUAUUGGCGAGAGUGGCGUGGGCAAGUCCAGCCUGCUCUUGAGGUUCACAGAUGAUACUUUUGAUCCAGAACUUGCAGCAACAGUAGGUGUUGACUUUAAAGUGAAAACAAUUUCAGUGGAUGGAAAUAAGGCUAAACUUGCAAUAUGGGAUACUGCUGGUCAAGAGAGGUUCAGAACAUUAACUCCCAGCUAUUAUAGAGGUGCACAGGGCAUUAUAUUAGUUUAUGAUGUCACAAGAAGAGACACCUUUGUUAAACUGGAUAAUUGGUUAAAUGAAUUGGAAACUUACUGCACAAGAAAUGACAUAGUAAACAUGCUAGUUGGAAAUAAAAUUGAUAAGGAAAAUCUGCAAAAACCUGUGAUGGUGUACAGUGUGCCUUUGAGGAACUUGUUGAGAAGAUCAUUCAGACACCUGGACUGUGGGAAAGUGAAAACCAGAAUAAAGGGGUCAAACUGUCACACAGGGAAGAAGGCCAUGGGGGAGGAGCCUGUAGUGGUUACUGUUCUAUGUUCUAAACUCUGGGAAACACUAUCUCUUGCAUAUUUGAUUAGAUAGUGACAUCUUUCUGUAUAUAAACUCUUUAACUGCUAUUUUAGGGACCUUGUAGUUUGCACAUACUUGUUUUCUAUCAUGGCAGUAAAUAUUUGCAAGAAACCCCACUCAUCGGCUUUCCCAGGUGAAAUGUUAAUGGUAAGCAUGCACAGUUUGCAGUCUGCAGUUUUUUAUGUAACAUAAAAGAGGUGUACCUCUGUAAGUACAUUUGAUUUUAUGAUUUAUGUUUAUCAUGUGAUUUAAAAACCCCACCCAUCUAGUAUAUGUUGAUAUAAGGUCUACUUUCAGUCUCCAUUUGGCUUAAAUACUCCUAUCAAUUACUGAAUUAACUGGUAUGUAGAAUCCCUAGACCUGCUAGGAGAUAUACACAGGUAUCCUCCAACCUGGCAAAUGUCCUUUGAGAAAUAAACAAGAGCAUGAUUCCACAGCUUUUCCAGGAUAUUUGCUAACAGAUGCUCUUUUAGUACUAAGCAAAAUUCUUUUUACAGGAUGUAGUCCAGGCCAAUUUAUAAGUAAAUGUGUUUGUUCUGAUGAUGCUUCUAAAAUAGCAUUAACAUGUUAAAGAAGUUUGGUCUUACUUUCUAAUUUACUUCAGUGAGUAGCUCAGUUGCUUAACUAGAGUUUUAAUUCUGUGACAGGUACAUUGGAGUCAUGACCCUUGGUUUAGUAUUUUUAGUUAUGUAGCGUUUGGCAGAAUGGCGAUAAAGUUUUCCCCCAUUUUGGUUUCUGAAGGACAUGAAAGUGUUUAUAUAACUCAUGUAGUACUUACCACUUUUAAAACCAACACCUUUUCCAUAAAUGUUGGUGGUGUUUGUCCAGGUACCUCAAUUGUAGCUUGUGUAAUGUUUAUGAAUAUCUGUAUCUUACACUUCCAUAAAUGGCUAGUUGAUAUUCAAAAACUUA